AUGAAUCACGUUAGCAAAAACCAAGCUGAUGGUACUUUUAAAAAUUAUUAUGACGGUUUUACGAAAACCUUCUAUUUUGAAACGUUUGUUGGUGAACCGAAGUUAAACGCACUUUUGGUAAAAUAUCUUUUUGAAAGCGAUCUUUCCUACUAUCAAUAUUUGUCCUACCCCGUAGCAGAUGAAAAGAAACAAAAAUGGGUCAAGACUAUCGGCGUUCUACAAUUUAAUAAACGUUUAGCCAAAAGUGUUGUUCAACGAAUGUUCGUUGGCAAUAAUGUUUUUAUAGAUGUGUUGUUACCCAGUAUGAAACCUACAAUAUUGGUACUGAUGAAAAUCUAUGUGAUUGGGGAACGACACGGUUUGACAUGGGAUGCAACAAAAUCGUCUAACACACCAUUUGUUUUUGGCGGUCCAACAACAACUUGUGAAGCGCAUUAUUUGAAACCCUAUACGAAGGCGUUGACGUUGUAUCGAGACUGA